AGAGUUUACCAUUGAUCUAUCGAUACUCGACUGGUCUGGUCUGUGUGUGAUGACGGCAUAGCAUACAUUGGAACCAAGCAAAGAAUGAGCAGCUAACCCGAACUAGAUCAGUCUUCCAACAUAGUGGGAAUUUCUACAUUCAAACUCCAAAAUACAGUUUAAAACUGAUCUCAAAACAACGUUAUCGAAGGAACAUCAAGCGAAAGUCGCGAGGUAUACUUCUUGUUCAGGUUGGACAGAGACGCGCUGGCCUGUUAGCUAGCUAACGUUAGCUUUUCUACUGUAACUGGUCAUCUAACUGAACUAUAUCAGUCUUGACAUUGACUUCAUUGCUGUUGUUGUCAUCGUGAGCAGGACAAUAUGAGUGGAGAGAGGGAAACAUUGAUGGAUGAAAUGGAACAGAGUUUAUACACUUUAACCAAGGACAAUUUACGCUGCCUGUGUGAACGCAGUGGAAUAGGUGGCAAGGAUGGCUCUGAUGUUCAAGGAAAGAAUCACCAUCACUCAUUGUGCCGUAAAAUCCUGGAGGAACUUUGGGAAAAUGCUGAUUCAAUGGAAUCGGAGGAGCAGGGAAUGUCUUGGUUACUCCAACUGAAAGAGGACAUCAGGAAGAUACAGGAGGAGGGUAUCGGUGCACCUUUGAGUCCCAGCCAAUCCAUUGAUGAUGAUGCUGUAGACUGUGAUGAAGACGAGAACCAGAAGGACAUGGAUUGGUUACCUAGCAAAAGUCCCAGCCAAUCCUUUGAUGACGAGGAUGCUGUACACUGCAACGAAGAAUGUGUGGAAGACAGAGAUUUGUUGCCUAGCAAAGGGCUGGAGGCAGAACCAGCACCAGAGAGACACACACCAGAGCAGAGAGAGAAGAGAGUGAGUGGGUCCCCCUCUCUGUCCUCUCCUGGUAAUGCCUUACUGCUGGGUCUGAAGAGGGUGUCUGUGCGGCUGGUCGACUGCAGGAAAACAUCAGGGUUGAGAGGAACUGCUGGAGGAGGAGACAAGGAGGAGGAAGGAGACGAGGAGGAGGAAGGAGACGUGAUUCAUCAAAGAGAGAGACGUGGAAACCAUGGAUCUUCUGGGGAGCCUCAACAACAACCUCAUGCUGACAACACAGACUGGAGUCUCCCCACAUCAAAACACCUCAAUAAACAACCGCAGAGACAUACAGGGAAGAAACCACAUCACUGCUGCUCUGAGUGUGGGAAGACAUUCGGCUGUCCAGCAACACUCAAAAUGCACAGAAGAAUCCAUACAAGAGAGAAACCUUACCGCUGCUCACAGUGUGGGGAUACUUUCAGUCAAAAAAUGACUCUUAAGAUUCACCAGCAGAUGCACACUGGGAAGAAACCUCACCACUGCUCUGACUGCGGAAAGAGUUUCAGUGUUUUAUCAAGCUUGAAAAUCCAUCAAAGCACCCACACCGAAAAUAAACUAUUCCAAUGCUCCAAGUGUGGGAAAGGUUUUGCAAACAACCACUAUCGAAAAAUACAUGAGAAAACGGUACAUGAGCCUCCCGCAGAAAGGUCUUACCACUGCUCUGACUGCGGGAAGAGCUACAGUUUUUUAUCAACCUUCAAAAACCAUCAAAGAAAACACACAGGAGAGAAACCAUUCCAAUGCUCCAAGUGCAAGAAAAGUUUUGCUCAGAAGUCCACUCUGAAAGCCCACGAGCAAACACACAUGCCUGCUGCAGAAAGGCCUUACCAAUGCUCCUACUGCGAGAAGAAGUUUUGUAUUUCGGCGUCCUUUAAUUUCCAUAUGAGAAUGCAUACUGAAGAAAAACCAUUCCAAUGUUCCGUCUGCGGAAUGCGGUUCAUUCACGCCAGUUUACUGAAAGCACACAAACAUAAACACAAGCCCUCUGACGAAAGGCCCUUCCACUGCUCUAAAUGUGGAGCGUGUUUUACUACAAAAGGUAAUCUUAAAUUUCACCAGCUGACCCAUGACCGGGGAGAGAGAACUUAUCGCUGCUCUGAGUGUGGGCAUUGUUUCUCUCAUCCGAUUUAUCUGAAGAAACACCAGAAAAGGCACAGUAAAGAGAAGUCCAUUGUCUGCGACCUGUGCGGGAAGACCUUCAACCAUCCAAGCAACUUUAAAACGCACAUGAAGAUACACCAAGGAGUGAAACCGUACCACUGCACCGACUGUGGCAGGAGCUUCAUAUUCCGCCAAGGUUUAACAACACACCAGCGUGUGCACACCGGCGAGCUGCCUUACGUCUGUGAUCAAUGUGGAAAGAGAUUUUCUCAGUACAAUUCUUUGGUGAUUCACCAGCGAACCCACACCGGGGAGAAACCUUACCCAUGCUUUGUCUGUGGGAAGAGCUUUAGUCGGUCACAAAACCUGGCUGCACACAAGAGAACUCAUACUGGAGAGAAGCCUCACGCCUGUGAUCAGUGCGGGAAGAGGUUUUCCCGAACCGACGCACUGGCUGUACACAAGCGCACUCACACUGGAGAGAAGCCUUACAGCUGUGAUAUAUGCAGGAAGACAUUCACCUAUUUAGUAGCCAUGUUGAAACAUAAGAAAAGACAUUGACAUCCUGCAGGUGAUGUACUCUGUGCUGAAUGUCCUCAGAACGAUUCCAGCUCUGUCUAUGAAUAGAGAACUUUGUUUAACCUACAGAAUACAUCAAUUUGUUGUUUUACUUACAAUCUAACCCCCAGAGAGAGAGAGACACAAACACUCACACACGCAGACAAACCCAGAGGGCGACAGGUAGCCUAGCGGUUAAGUGCGUUUGACCGGUAACAGAAAGAUCGCUGGUUUGAAUCCCUGAGUCGGCAAAGGUUAGGAAAAAAAUUAGCUGUUCUGCCCUUGAGCUAGCCAGUUAGUACCCAACAACAACUGCUCCCUGGGCACAUAUGACGUGGAUUAAGGCAGCCCGCCGCACCUCUGUGAUUCAGAGGGCUUGAAGGCAUUUAGUGGUGCAACUGGCUAGUUAUCCCUCAUUUCCUUUCCACCCAGAGGAAUUGGGAGCAGAGAGUGGUUACUGUGAGUUUUGAGAGUGGUUACUGUGAGUUUUGAGAGUGGUUACUGUGAGUUUUGAGAGUGGUUACUGUGAGUUUUGAGAGUGGUUACUGUGAGUUUUGAGAGUGGUUACUGUGAGUUUUGAGAGUGGUUACUGUGAGUUUUGAGAGUGGUUACUGUGAGUUUUGAGAGUGGUUACUGUGAGUUUUGAGAGUGGUUACUGUGAGUUUUGAGAGUGGUUACUGUGAGUUUUGAGAGUGGUUACUGUGAGUUUUGAGAGUGGUUACUGUGAGUUUUGAGAGUGGUUACUGUGAGUUUUGAGAGUGGUUACUGUGAGUUUUGAGAGUGGUUACUGUGAGUUUUGAGAGUGGUUACUGUGAGUUUUGAGAGUGGUUACUGUGAGUUUUGAGAGUGGUUACUGUGAGUUUUGAGAGUGGUUACUGUGAGUUUUGAGAGUGGUUACUGUGAGUUUUGAGAGUGGUUACUGUGAGUUUUGAGAGUGGUUACUGUGAGUUUUGAGAGUGGUUACUGUGGUUUUUGAGAAUGGUUACUGUGAGUUUUGAGAGUGGUUACUAUGGUUUUUGAGAGUGGUUACUACGGUUUUUGAGAGUGGUUAUGUUUCCUCCGCAUUGGACUGAAUCACAAAACAAGGAUUUGUGGCUUUAAAUUGUCUGAAAUCACAGUGUUGUGUUUUAUACAUACACACCAGACAGGUGUAGGAUCAGGUUCUCCUCCCCAAAUCCUAUUAUUAACCAUUAUUGGCGAAAAUGCUACAAGAUCAGCAUCUAGGAGCAACUUCACCCUACACUCACCCCUUCCCUGGGGGCUGUUCCAGAUGGCAGAUUCAUUGAGGUACUGUCCUAAAUAUUCUUAAGUAUAAUUUUUUGGGACAAAUUUAGACUUGAAAUUGGCAUGGAGUCAUUAACUUGAAACCAGCAACACAUAUUCAUGUUUAGGUUUCAAAAUAAACCCCUGAUUUAAGAGAGAAGAGAUAAGUUAAGGAUCCUGGUCUCUGGAACACCCCAAUGCUCCCAGUCACAGUAAAGCAGGAGUCAAUUCCACCGUGCCAAUUUCAAGUCCUGAUAUCCCUUUACCAAUUAUGGUUAAGUUAUUUCAGAAUAUUUAGGACUAAAUAUGUUUCCAUGGUAACUUAAAUCUUCGUGCAGAUCUCAUGUGAGCAUUUGAGAUAAAUUCAUUUUUAUUGCGAGACAUAAAUCUUUAUCAAUGAAACUAACCAGGAAUAAAUGUGAAGUUUUAAAGGCGUAAUUAAAUGAAAAGACAUGUCUUAUCUGAAAUGUGUUUUUAUAGGUCACAAGUGAAAUGAUGUUGUAGGUAACCUGUGUAGCCUCGGUCUAGGGCAUGUUAAAGCCCUAGGCUACAGCCUCGGUCUAGGGCAUGUUAAAGCCCUAGGCUACAGCCUCGGUCUAGGGCAUGUUAAAGCCCUAGGCUACAGCCUCGGUCUAGGGCAUGUUAAAGCCCUAGGCUACAGCCUCGGUCUAGGGCAUGUUAAAGCCCUAGGCUACAGCCUCGGUCUAGGGCAUGUUAAAGCCCUAGGCUACAGCCUCGGUCUAGGGCAUGUUAAAGCCCUAGGCUACAGCCUCGGUCUAGGGCAUGUUAAAGCCCUAGGCUACAGCCUCGGUCUAGGGCAUGUUAAAGCCCUAGGCUACAGCCUCGGUCUAGGGCAUGUUAAAGCCCUAGGCUACAGCCUCGGUCUAGGACAUGUUAAAGCCCUAGGCUACAGCCUCGGUCUAGGGCAUGUUAAAGCCCUAGGCUACAGCCUCGGUCUAGGGCAUGUUAAAGCCCUAGGCUACAGCCUCGGUCUAGGGCAUGUUAAAGCCCUAGGCUACAUCCUCGGUCUAGGGCAUGUUAAAGCCCUAGGCUACAGCCUCGGUCUAGGGCAUGUUAAAGCCCUAGGCUACAUCCUCGGUCUAGGGCAUGUUAAAGCCCUAGGCUACAGUCAGCUCUAUAUGUUUGUAUAAAUAUGUUGUUAUAUACAUUGUAGAGAACAGUAGUAGUACAUAUACAGGUAUAAUAGAGGAAGCACCAACACGAGGCUUUGUGGCCACCAGAACAUCUUCACUGCUCCUUGGCACAGAUUCUACAAAUGUCUGGAAUUCUAUUGGAGGGACGCGACACCGUUCUUCCACGAGAAAUGACAUCAUUUGUGUUUUGUUGAUGUUUGUGGGAAAACCCCUCUCUCAGGCGCCACUCCAGAAUCUCCCAUAAGUGUUAAAUUCUGUUGUGAUCUGUUGACUGACACACACACUUUAACCCCCCCCCCCCCCCGUGCUCCUUGGAGACCCCUCUAUCAAAGUCAAAGAGAACUCUUGUAGCCAAAAUAAUGGUCAUUUUUAUAUGGUGUUAAUUAACUCAGAAAAGCACACCUGCGGAAGCACCUACUUGCCAAAUGUAGUGUUUCCUUCUCUUUUGGCAGUUCCCUGUAUAUAUCAGAGAACACGCACACAUAUGUAUGCAUUGCACCACACCUGCAUGUACACGCAACUACACACACAAACAUGCAUGUCUGCACAUACACACAUACAUGAAGACACAAUUAAAGAAUGAAAUCACAUGGCAAAAGACAGCUCAUAAUUACUGAUAGCCAUUCUGUGAUGAACAAGCUUUUAUUUGUAUUUUACAUUGUUUAAACAUACUUAGUAUUACAUUAUUAAUUAACAUUGUGUACAUUGUGACUGAAAUCAUUUCAAAUACUUUAUCUGGGCUUGAUUGAGUUUGACUGGCGUGAACUCCGGACUGACAUUGUGUAUAUGUAUACAUUUCAGCCGGCUUACAUUAAAUAAGACGAGGACUGUGA